CACUGAAAAAUUCUGUGCUUAUAUAUACACAACCUUCUUUUUGAUGAAGACUCCAAACAGAAAUUGUGAAGAUGGAGUUGUUUCAGCAGACAAUGAUGCUUUUUAUACUGUUUCUGGUUCUGGUUUUGGUUCACUGUGAAAAUCCAUACAGAUUUUUCACUUGGAAUGUAAGUUAUGGGACCAUUUGGCCUCUGGGUGUUCCACAGGAGGGAAUCCUCAUCAAUGGCCAAUUCCCAGGUCCUCAGAUCGAUUCAGUCACAAAUGAUAAUCUAGUUAUCAAUGUCUUCAACAAUUUGAGGCAGCCUUUCCUGAUUACUUGGAAUGGAGUCCAACAUCGAAAAAACUCAUGGGAAGAUGGGGUGCUGGGAACCAAUUGCCCAAUUCCUCCUGGCAAAAACUUCACCUAUAAAUUCCAAGUAAAAGAUCAGAUUGGAAGCUACUAUUAUUUUCCUUCAACAUUAUUCCACAAGGCAGCUGGAGGGUUUGGGGGAUUGACCAUUGCAAGCAGGCCUCUAAUCCCUGUUCCCUACCCUCCUCCUGAUGGGGAGUACACCCUUCUUAUUGGGGAUUGGUACAAAAGAAAUCAUUCUGAGCUGAGAAGAAGACUUGACAAGGGAAUUCCUUUAGGCAUACCUGAUGGUGUUCAAAUAAAUGGGCUUGGUGGUAGCUCUCGUCCGUCCUUCAAUGUUGAUGGAGGUAAAACUUACAGGCUUAGAAUUUCAAAUGUGGGAUUGUCAACUUCAUUAAAUUUCAGGAUUCAGGGACACAACCUGACAUUGGUAGAAGUGGAAGGAUCACACACAGUACAAAGUACUUAUGACUCCCUGGACAUCCAUGUGGGUCAGUCAUAUACAGUCCUCAUUACUACCAACCAACCUCCAAAAGAUUAUUACAUAGUGGCAUCCACCCGCUUCGUAAAACCAGUUCAUGCUGGGAUAGGACUCCUCCAUUACAGUAAUUCAAAUCAGUCUGCAUCAGGCCGGUUUCCUCCAGGUCCUCCUAGACGCAUUGAGUGGUCUCUUAACCAAGCAAGAACCAUCAGAUGGAAUUUAACAGCCAGUGCAGCUCGCCCCAACCCACAAGGUUCAUAUCACUAUGGGUCAAUAAAUGUAACAAGAACGAUCAUUCUCUCCAACUCAGAAGUACAAAUUGACAACAAACAGCGAUAUGCAAUCAAUGGGGUCUCCUAUGCCCAACCUGACACACCCCUGAAGCUGGCCGAUUUCUACAACAUCUCAGGAGUUUUCGCUUUGAAUAGCAUUCCUGAUCACCCAACAAAAGGGAUUCAACUCCAGACUGCUGUAAUGUCUGGCGACUAUAAGACCUUCGUUGAAAUUGUCUUUACAAAUCAUGAGAAAACUAUUCAAUCCUGGCACUUGGACGGCUAUUCCUUCUUUGUCGUUGGUAUGGACCGGGGCCGAUGGAGUCCUGCAAGCAGGAAAAGUUACAAUUUGUUUGAUGCAGUUUAUCGUUGUACUGUACAGGUAUAUCCCAGGUCCUGGACAGCGAUUUUAACCUCACUGGACAAUGCAGGGAUGUGGAAUAUAAGAUCUGCAUCAUGGGAAAGGCAAUAUCUGGGGCAGCAAUUUUACCUUCGGAUUUUUGGUGGGUACAACCCAAGAGAUGAGUACUCUGUUCCCUUAAAUGCUCUCAAGUGUGGGAAGGCUAAAGGCUAUCACACAUCGGGGCAACGCACCACCCUUACAGACGAAUGGUCAUCUACAAUGUAAUCCUUUCAUUAUUCAUUAUAUUAAAUUAUUUUCGAAUAAAUGAGGGCAUAAAUCUUCACAGCUUCAGCCUGAUUUUAAUGCCCUCUAGGCCAAAAUGGUCUUUGGAAAGUAUCACAGUGUGUCUACAUAUAUUUGGAAGAUUGUUGGUAUAUCAAAGUGGGUAUGAAUGUUUCUAAAAUUGUUUGGUGCUCACAUAUACAGACUGUUGCUUAUCACCUUUUCCUCUUUUCAUCAUGGGGUAUAACGUGAUAGUUAUAAACAAAUUCUUGAACUAUGAACAGCAAUCAGCAUCAGAAUCAUAGAAUCAAUGAGUAGUAAACAGCAUCAGAAUCGCAAGAAUCAAGGUUUUUAAUUCUUGGUAUUGUUCUUUCUACUGAAUUUAGAAUUGAAGGGAGCAGAAUUGAGUCCAAAUUUUGACAUUAGCUCAGUGUGUCUGAAUAGAGGAAAGGCCAAGUUAAACCUUCAUUGUAAUGUGGACAAUAUGUCCCAAAUAAAAGUUAAUUAUUUUAGUUAAUUUUCUUCACUACAAAAUUCAUCU